AUGCUGCUCUCACGUUCCUGCCGCCGUGUCUUGCACUCCUCAGUACCAGGACGAUGUAGUAGAAGAGGUUCAAUACGUGGGUCCCUUGACACGGUCACGCGAUGGAGGACGCGAGCACACCGACUGCUGUCGACGUCGGAGGAUGCCGCUGCGCCGGACAUUGCCGCGCAACCCCACGACAUCCGCAACAUCGCCAUCAUCGCUCACGUAGAUCACGGUAAGACCACGCUGGUGGACAAGCUGCUCCAGGCGUGCAGCACCGAGGGCAAAGACGGCGGAGGUGUCGACCGCCUGCUUGACAACAAUGACCUGGAGCGAGAGCGCGGGAUCACCAUCAUGAGCAAAGUCACGAGACUCAGUUGGGGGAACCACGUCCUCAACGUCGUGGACACACCGGGCCACGCCGAUUUCGGGGGGGAGGUGGAGCGUGUGCUGUCCAUGGUGGACGCCGUACUGCUGGGGGGGGACGCGACAGAGGGGCCCAUGAGCCAGACAAAAUUCGUGUUGACCAAAGCUCUCGCGGCGGGUCUUCGACCAAUGGUUGUGCUCAACAAGGUGGAUCGGGAUAGCGCGAGGCUGUCGGGGGAGGUGGAGAAUGAGAUUUUCGACCUGUUCGUGCAGCUGGGGGCCGACGACGACCAGAUGGAGUACUCCACACUCUACGCCUCUGCAAAGCAAGGAUGGGCAACCGAAGACCUAGACCAAGCAAUUUCAUGGUGCAAGACGGCGCCGGAGCCGAGCAUGCGGUUCCUGCUGGACCACAUCGCGGAGACCGUGCGCCCCCCGUACGACGAGUCGAUGCUGUCGGAGCCGUUCGCGAUGGCCGUUAACAACAUCGGCAGUGACACGUACCUGGGCCGACUGGCGACGGGCAAGAUCGUGUCCGGGGUGGUGGAGGCGGGCAAGUCCGUCAAGACCCUCGGGAGGCUCGGCGGCGGGGAGCAGUCCGGGCCGCACAAGGUGGCGGAACUGUUCGUGACGAGGGGAGUUACUAGAGAGCCGCUGGGGGCGUCGUCGGCGGGGGCCGGGGACAUCAUCACCGUGGCGGGGGCAGACUGCUGCGUGGGAGACACCAUAGCGUGCGCCGUGGAGGGGCGAGAGGACCCACUGCCUACCCCGGGGGUUGCGCCGCCCACGUUGGCCAUGGUGUUCGGGGUUAACACAGGCCCUCUCGGGGGGAAAGACGGGACGUACAUGACAGCAUCUAAGAUCAAGGAUCGGCUCACCUACGAGACAGAGAACAACGUGACCAUCCUGGUGAACAAUGUGUCUUCGGACCCCGAUAAGGCCGAAGUUUUGGGGAGGGGAGAGCUCCAGCUGGGCAUCCUUAUCGAGAACAUGCGGCGGGAAGGGUACGAGUUUUGCGUGUCGCCGCCAAGGGUGCUCACCACGGAGGACGAGGAGGGGAACACGCUAGAGCCCAUCGAAGAGGUCACCGUAGACGUCGACAGCGACUACACCGGGGUGGUGAUCGACAAGCUGACGGGCUCUCGCCGCGGCGUGAUGAUGGAGAUGAAGGACGCCCACGAGGGGAAGACCCGGUUAGUGUUCGAGGUGCCCAGCAGAGGGCUGAUGGGCUUCGGGGCGGAGAUUCGGCAGGAGACCCACGGCAGCGCCGUCGUCAACUCCGCCUUUGCGCACUCGGCGCCGUUCAUGUCCAACCUGGGUGGUCUUAGCCCCGGGAAGCUCGUGGCGACCGCGAACGGAAAGUGCACUGCGCACGCCCUGGCUUCGCUUCAGGAUAGGGGGAAACUCUUCAUCUCCUCUGGACAGGAGGUCUACAACGGCAUGGUGAUUGGUGAACACGCACGCGCAGGAGACUUGGAGGUGAACCCGUGCAAGCUCAAGAAGGUGACAAACGUUCGGAGCGUCCUCGCGGACGAGUCUUUCAAGAUCGCUCCCCCCGUCAGGCUCGGAACCGAGGAGCUGAUCGCGUACAUGGGCGAGGACGAGAUGCUUGAGGUCACGCCGCUAGCGAUACGCCUCCGAAAGGCGGCCUUGGAUGCCGGGGAGAGGCAGCGCAUGCAAAGGUCUAAGAAAAAGCAGAAGCAGUGA